GCUCGAUUUGCACCAACGCUCCAGAUUCAGGCAACAGCCGUCCUCGUUACAGACAACAUCAUGGCAAAGAGAAAGCAGCAAGCAGAAAGGGCAUCCUCGGACAACGAGUCUGAUUCGGAACGGAGUCUCGUCGAUGUCGACUUCGAGUUCUUCGACCCGAACGCGGACAUCGAUUAUCUAGCAACCAAGCGUCUUCUCACUCAGCUCUUCAACGCCGACGCUCAGGACCUCCCUCUACACGACCUUGCCGAUCUCAUCCUUUCCCAGCCUCUUGUCGGCACAACCGUAAAAUGCGAUGGGAAGGAGAGCGAUCCGUAUGCGUUCUUGACCGUGUUGAAUCUCAACGUACACAAGGACCGGCCAUCCAUAAAAGCGCUCAUCGCGUACAUCCUCGAAAAAUCGUCAGCGGACCCCGUCCUCCACUCCAAGCUUCAAACGCUACUAGGGCUGACUGGCUUGGCGUCUUCUGACCACGUCGGUUUCAUCUUCUCGGAGCGUCUCAUCAACAUGCCCGUGCAAAUCAUGCCGCACAUGUACCGGAUGCUCGCAGACGAAAUCCAAUGGGCUCUCGACGACAACGAGCCGUACGACUUCAAGCAUCUCCUCAUCAUCUCUCGCAUCUACCGCCUCACAGCCGAAGAAGCGGCAGAGCUCCAAGCCUCCGCCCCGCCAACGAAACGACAGAAACAAUCCAAUCCUCCACCUGCAGCGGGGGUGUAUCCAUUCCACCCCGAGGACAACUAUAUCCGCAGGUUCGCCACGCAUACGCUGGAUUACACCUUUACGCAUUCCCAACCAAGGGAUGCCGACUCGUUCGGCCUUGACAUAGGAGGCCGGAUGGCGCUUGUCCCCGCCACGCGCCUCCGCGACCUCGCAGCUACACUCGCAGAAGCGUACCCCCAACCCUCAUAG